AUGACCAUGGAAGCGUCUCCGAGCCGCACGCGCCCGGGGGGUCUCAUGCUGCCUCGUCCCGUGGAUUCGGUCGAGUCACUUGCCUCCAGCUCCUCUGGUUCCCCAGCGGUCGACGACGUCGGCGAGCCAGGGCACUCGGGAAACGUCAUGAUAACACUAUCGCUCACUCCCGAUCCACCUACUUCUGCUCCGAGUCGCCCGCCGAUUCCCCGUUCGCACAUGCGGUCGCGAUCGCUCGCAGACGAUCCCGGCGUACCGGCCAUGAUCCGCGCGCACUCCUCUCCUGGGCUGGACUCGCGGGGGAGAUAUACCUUCGUCAACGGUCGGGGAGCGCCCACGAAUAUGGCGGACAACAAUACACCCAAGCGCUAUUUGCCGUUACAGCUGUCAACCGCAGACUCGCUUGAGCCGAGAAUGCUGCAUCGGAAGAACGUGUCGGAGACGAUAUCAGAACACGCGGAGUUGGAUACGUCAGGGUCAUCUACGUAUCAUUCGGAUUUCAGCUCUUCGCCAGUCCCGUCUUACAGCACGCCCCGGAUGGGUCGCCGACGACCGUCAUCGCCGCUGCACUUUCCGCACUCCCCUUCAAGCCAGGUCGCAACCAGCCCGUCCUCUACGCACUCGUCACCUUUCCUCAGUUCCCGAUACAAUGAAGCAUUCCCAUCCUAUUCAGGCUCGUCCGUUUCCUCUAUGCCCUCCACACCCACCAGCCUCCGAUCACGCAGCCCGAGUAUAUCUUCCCUCGAGACGAUUCCGGACAUUCCCGAUGCCGAAACCGCAGCUCUUGAAUCAGAUCGCAUAGCUGCUCUAAAGGCUGCAGCCGACAAGGCAGAUGACGCAGAGGCUACCAGCGGCGUGGCCCGACGGCGGGGCAUUUCAGACAUGUCCGCACCGUCUUCACUUGCGAACGCGCGCACGUCCUCGGGGACAUAUCGGAAACGCUGGAGUGUAUGCGGAGCCGAGCGUCGGCAAGACCUAGAUCUUGAAACAAUAUGGGAAGAUUGA